UCAGAGUUGACCGACCCUUUUGUUUCAAGUUCCGGAAAUGAUCGAAAAAAAAUGUUUAAUAAAGCGACAUUACUUAGUGGGGCGUGUUUUUUUCAGUGUCUGUUAAACAUCGACUGACAGCGAGUAAAUCUUAAAGGGUUGGCUUUUAAAGAUUUUUUAAAAUACGGAACUGAACCUCCCACGUCAACCUCGGCUUUACUUCGAGAACAUCCAGUUAGCUGGUGGUUAGCGCGAAACGAAUUGAUUAACCCAUAUUUUCAUGCGUUUAAAAGAAUGAUUUUGGUGUUGCCAUAUCUUGUUUGGCAGUCGGAAUCUCUUAAUUUAGCUCAGACAACUCUGGGUUUCGUGUUAUGUUUACUCUGACUUGAAUUGAAAUGGGCUCGGAACAGAAUCCUGCCAUUCUUCUUCACACUUCUGUUAUGGAGGAAACCGAGUGUCUGUUUCUCUGAGGUGGGAGUCUGGCUAUACGGCUCGUCAUGAAAGCUCUAGGCGCGCGGUCCGCGUUCUACGUGGGCUUCCUGGUGGGCACGUGCAGUCUGUACCUGUUCCUGAGUCAGGUCGGGCUCUCUCGGAACCUAGGGUCUCAUGGGCCGGAGCCACACGCGAAAACCGUGGAGGAGAUGAUCGAAGAGGAAAGCAAGAACUGGAAGAAGGAGAGGUCAGCUCUCUUUAACCUCAACCAUCCGCACCAUACAGGAGAGGAUGGUAUAUUAGCUGAUGAUCUCUACAAACGUGUGCGUGUUCUGUGUUGGGUUAUGACCGGUCCCAGUAACCUUGAAAAGAAAGCUCGGCACGUGAAAGCCACAUGGAGUCGUCACUGCAACAUCGUUGUGUUCGUAAGCUCAGUGGAUGAUCCAGAUUUUCCCACCGUUGGCCUAAACACCAAGGAGGGUCGGGAUCAGCUGUACUGGAAAACCAUACGUGCUUUCCACUAUGUCAUGGAGAAACACGGGGAUGAGGCGGACUGGUUUCUGAAAGCAGACGAUGACACUUAUGUGAUUGUAGACAAUCUGCGCUGGAUCCUGGCCAAUCAUUCACCCGAAGACCCCAUAUAUUUUGGUCGACGGUUCAAGCCGUAUGUUAAACAGGGCUACAUGAGCGGUGGGGCUGGAUACGUCCUCAGUAGAGAGGCUCUUAGGAGGUUUGUGGAAGGAUUUAGCAAAAAAGUUUGCACACAUACCUCCUCGGUGGAGGACUUGGCUAUGGGACAGUGCAUGGAGAAGGUGGGCGUUUUAGCGGGAGACUCCAGAGACACCAUUCAGAGAGAGACGUUCCACCCAUUUGUACCCGAUUCCCAUCUCGCUGGCACAUUCCCCAAGACCUUCUGGUAUUGGAACUACUGUUAUUACCCCAUUGUGCAGGGACCCCAGUGUUGUUCAGAUCUGGCUGUUUCUUUCCACUAUGUGGAUGCAUCUAAAAUGUACCUGCUGGAAUACUACACCUACCACUUGCGUGCCUUUGGCUACGAAUACCGCUAUCAACCACCUGAACCCCAUAUACCACAAGACAAAGCCCCAGUCCCGGACAAUAUGGAGGUCGGGGACUUGGGGCAAAAUCAGGCGGUAGAAAAAAAGGAGGAAGAAAAUAAAUCCCCUGAACAAAAUGAAAAGCUAUAGCAGCUUUGUGUUUAGAUUUGACAUUUGAAGAAAUGACAUUUAAAAUCACUAUAUAACUUUUUGGGAUGGCUUUGGUUGUGAUCUUUCUCUUUUGGUUUAUUUGUUUUGAAUAAUGGCUUAAAAGUCUUAUAUUGUGGCACAGAGAUGCGUGCAUGUAUGUGUGGUUUAAUGAACCGGUACCGUUUGGAAGGGUGUUUCUCUAAAUAAUGCAUUUGUAUGUGAAUGUUUAGAUUUAUAUACGUUUGACAGUACAGAAUUGUAUUAAAUGAAGGUUUAAACAUGUAGACCUAGAGUGUGCUGUGCAUGGGAUGUGAUUUUGUUUCUGAGCCCGCCUUAACAGUAUACUAACAAGGCGUCAUUUUGUCUCGCAAGCAAGAUUUGCACUCUGGAUGCGUCUACAUCCCUUGGCAUUAAUUUGUUAUUAUGGGACUUUUUUAUGCACAAAAUCCAGCCGCCUAUGAUGUAACAGCAAUGCCAUGUUCUGUCACCAAAAGAAAAAAGAUAGAAUUUCUUUCCUUUGUUUAUUCCCAUGAACCAGUGCCUCUGAUCCGGAGAAACCACGCACUUCUAAUGUGCAUUCUGUCUUUGCAAUAUAACACAUAUCAUGUGUUUUAUAGCUUGCAGUCAAACGCACUCAAGAUGCGGCAGUGUACAGAGUACAAUACCUGGGUAAUAGAUUUGCCAAAGGUGUGGUGAAGUUUAUUUUGAUCUUUUUAUUGAUGUAAUCCAAGUUAAACAUCCUUUAGCCCACAUGAAGAUGCUAAAUUUCCUUUCUCAUAAAGUUAAAAGAACUGCAAGCAUAUGGCUUGGCUCAACUUUAGGAUUCUUUUGGCUGAGCUGGCAGCGAGCUUUUUUUUUGUUUUGGGUGCCUGAUUGUAAAGUUUUGGGCGAGUGUGUACCUUCAGUGGUGCAACUUGUGUGCCUCGUACAAUAAUUGUUUACUGAUGUAAUUAAUAUAAUUGCUUUAAUUUUCUCAAAUAUUUGCAUAUGAAUUAUACGUCUACUGGUAUUGGUAACUUUCAAACAGAAGCAUUAUUAUAAUAAUGCACAGUAGAAGUCUAUUAUUCCUCUCUCUGUCCACUUUACGUCUAAAUCACAAUGUGAUUGAGACUUUUUUCCAUUAAACCUCAAGCAGCAAAACAAGUAUUGCUAUUGCCUUGUCAUGAAAACUAAUGAAGAACGUUGUUCUGUUUUUUCUCAGAUACUGACCUUGCUUUUUUGACUUUGUGCCCUAUUUAGUUUCGACAAUUGGCACAAUUGUGAAGGGAUUGAAAUGAAGUUUAUUUUAAUAGUUGAACUUGAAAUAAAGGAGCUUGAAUAAAUAACACUGUUGCCCUUUGACCACUUUCAGCACAAUGUCACUUUUGCAGCAGUUAUCAAGAAGAACCAUGUUAAAGAUCAAAAAAGCAAUGGAACUGGGUUUGACUCAAGUGUGAAUGGGUUGAAUUAUUUGAUUAACCUCAGCAGGGUUUAUUUACAGUAAUAAGGGUCAGAGUAAUGGAAAUGUUAAGUUGUUAAUUUCCGUUCAGAAAUAUACUGCUGAAUAAAGAGCUGUCCGCUUUAUAGGGCAUGAUCAAGUCGUUUAGACUUGUUUGCUCUUUUUACUUUUCCAGUUUACUCAUAAAUGUUUGAGUGUGUUUUGUAGCCUGUGGAAAUGCCAUGUGUACACAUUCCUAAAUUUACACUGUGUUCAUCUCAAAUUUGUUCAAAUCAAAACUACAGUACAAAAUACCAACACAAGGGACACUUGCUGUCUUGUCAAUUAUUGUGUUGUUUGAGGAGCAGGAUCAUAGAUUUUUAUUAGUUUAGGACUGUCGUUGUCUGUAGUAAUCUGGUUUAGAAUGAUUUGCUACCAGUAAUUAAACAUAUAUGAUUCAUUAAUUGACAAUCAAUGAGUAUGUUGAGAUCAUUUUUUACUUGAGGCAAAAAGAUCUUUGUGAAAGAUGUUUUUAUUUUUUUCAUUUAUCAUUUCAUAAUUUUCUCUAGUCCAUAGUGGGUUGUCUUGAUUAAGGAAAUAUUUUAUAUAUGGUUUUUUUUUAUACUUUAUUUCUGAGCUUUCGGAGAUGUGUUGGAGUGAUGUGUGUAUAAGACAGAUACGUCAGAAAUGAUGCAGACCUGAACAUCAAAAACCAGCUGGAGGUCAUUAUUCAAAGCUCCUUUUCAAUGUUGUUUGAGUGAAUCUGUGUUUCUGAGAUUCAUGCCCUUGUCUUCAAUCCAAAUGUAUACUUGCUUAUAUAUAUUGUUCAGUAGUAUCUUUUAUGUACAAAGGGAAUCCUGUACAGUACUUCCAUAGCAAUCUUUUAUUUAUAAAAGGCUGAGACAAAUGUUUGACAAGAAGGAACUGAUUCAAUGAGGAACAAUAACCAGCAUA